CCCGCUGAGCAGCACUUCAUGAAACCACGCACAUGUCGUCAUGUGAUUAUGUAGCGUUUUAACUUCCGGUUUCGGUCCUGUGCGUAGUACUCCUGAGUGAAGGGGAGGGUUUUACUGUGGAAGUGGUGUCCGGAUGUCCCGGGUUUCCUGCCCUUAGCGGGCUGACAGAGCGACCACGUCUUAAAGUUAAGGAGUAAUAGCGCCGCUGUAGUCGUUUAUAAAACGGAUAUUUAACACGGUGUUGGUGUAAACAGAUGCCAGCUGGGCUGACGGAGACCAUGGCCGUCACAAGGCGGACGCUGGAUUGUUUCUGAAGACUUCAGACUUUUUGGAGGCCUGGGAAAAUUAGAGUUAGGCUAACGUGAAACAGUUGCUAUGUCGUGGGAAGAGCUGCCUUUGCCCCGCUCAGCUGCUCCGUGAUCCGGCUGGAAACCAAUCCCGCAGAGGUAGCCUGGGACUCAGCUGUCAAUGAAGCUAAAAGCUAGCUCCUCAAAUUAGCCAGUACCAGCUAGAACAGCCUCUUAGCUCGUGAGCCAUGGCGGACAGUUUUGGAGAGAGCUCCGGUCCUUUUGGCUUGGGUGUUACUGGACAGGGUAGCGGAGCCAACUCCCUGCCUGGGGGACACUCGGCAGCAAGCGGGGCUCACUCCAGCUCCAACUCGGCCUCUCCUCCCGCGGCUGCAGCCUCCCAGAGCGGCCUAACCUCCGCGGUGGCCCCAGUGUCCGUCGUGACUACCACUCCUGUUGGGUUUGGGAACACAUUCACUCCCGGCUCCCUGCCACCUGUCGUGGCCGUGUCUCCGAUCGCGUCCCCGCCUCUGCCUGGUGUUGGUCUCGGGGUAGCCGGGGUGGCAGGAGGGGGCCUCCUGUCCCAGAUCCACGCUACUUCCUGGGACCCGACUCUCAGUACGGACUGGGACAAUGAGAAAGCUUCCCAGCAGUGCAUCCUAAGAAUAAAGAGGGACAUCAUGUCCAUCUACAAGGAACCUCCACCAGGAAUGUUUGUGGUUCCUGAUCCUCAAGACAUGACCAAGAUCCACGCUUUGAUCACAGGACCCUUUGACACGCCGUAUGAGGGUGGCUUCUUCCUUUUCCUUUUCCGCUGUCCUCCAGACUACCCCAUCCAUCCACCGCGGGUGAAGCUCAUCACCACAGGAUACAACACGGUCCGCUUCAACCCCAACUUCUACCGCAAUGGAAAGGUGUGCCUCAGCAUCCUGGGGACGUGGACAGGUCCGGCAUGGAGUCCAGCCCAGAGCAUCUCUUCUGUCCUCAUAUCCAUCCAGUCUCUGAUGACAGAGAACCCGUACCACAACGAACCAGGUUUUGAGCAGGAGCGCCACCCAGGGGACAGUAAGAAUUAUAACGAGUGUAUCCGCCAUGAAACCAUGAGGGUGGCGGUGUGUGACAUGCUGGAAGGAAAGGUUCCCUGUCCUGAGGCCCUGUGGAGUGUGAUGGAGAAAUCCUUCCUGGAAUAUUAUGAUUUCUACGAGGGAGUCUGCAAAGAGAGGCUGUAUCUGCAGGGUCAGAACAUGCAGGACCCGUUUGGGGAGAAGCGAGGUCGCUUUGACUACCAGGGCCUUCUGGCUCGCCUCGCUGCCACUCACCGGAGAAUCCGGGAGAAGAGCCUGGCGGAGGAAGACCACAAUGAUGACGACUCAGACUCGGACACCAGCUCGUCUGGGACAGACCCCGACAGCCACGGCAGCUCUCAGCCAUGACCAGACGGACGGAGGCGGACUCAGACACUUUCUUCUUCUCUUGUUUUCUCUGGUCGUAACAGAAGAGUCCGGCUGCAGCGGUUCCAGCUUUCUGAGUGGCUUAGGAGAUGAAGACGGUGCGAUGGGGCUCUCCUUCCGUCAUCUGUCACUGUAUACUUACUGGUCAGAUGCUGGUCAGUUUGACCUCUUUCAUUUAUUGAACUUCUGUGGCCGACCGGAAACUUAAAACCAGAGACCAGAUUUUCAGAUUUUUCGGGCACCAGAUGGUCUCUCAUCCACGCUAAACACAUUUCCCACAUGGAGACCAGCUGUUUGGUGUCUCCAGAGACAACGAUUGAACAGGUUCAGGCAGGACGAAGGGACAUCUUCGUCAUCAUCCACUGUCAGUCAAACAUGGAGGGAAAUCAGCUGCAGCAGGGGAAGAUGUUGGAGUCUUAUCGGUUUAAUUAGUGGAGGAAAACAAAGAUGAGUGGACAGCUUUGUCUCCUCUGGAGACUGAUGCUGCUCUGGAUUAAAUCUGAAGUCCUGUAGCAACCAAAAACAUGAUAAAGUCUUUCAGUCAAGUGUAAAAAGUUAUGCUGUUGGUUGGUUAUUGGCCUUGCAUGGAAAAGAAUCUGAAAAUGUAUUAACUGCAGCAGAUAAUGUAGAAUUACACAAAUCUGACUGAAUUACUCAUAAAUAUGAGAUUUAUUUGAUCAGUUUUUGUGGAGUUUGCUCAUUAAAACAUGUAUGAUCACGUAAUUGGCUGCUACAGGUCGUGAUAAAUGACCAGUAAAUCUGAACGAAGCUGCUCUAGGAAUAAUUCCAGCCUUCUUUCUACUCAUCUUCAAACUGAAACCUAUCAUCAUCAUCAUCAGUGUGUAGAGUGAAUUGUUUGUAAGCUGUUGUUUGGUUUUUGCUCCCUGUGAUUAAUGAAUCCAAACUGCAGCCAACACCAUCAACCCACAGAUUUCUGGAAACGGCUGCAUCAGAUUUAAAUGUGGCUUAAUACCUCCAAAAAAUCUCCUGUAGUCAUCUGAUAUUUCCUGCUUUCCGCUAGCAGAGGUUCGGCUUGGCCCACGAUGUGUUUGGGGUCUGUAAACGUCGUUUGACCACAGAUCAGUGAUGUCUGAGGAAAAGAAGAAAAAACAUUCAGAUCUGUUUUCACUGCUGUCGUUGGUCCACAUUCUGGUUCUGAAGAGUCACCUUCCAGUGGGGAUUUUCAGGGGAACGGUGUCCACAGUCCCAGUGCUGCAGCAGUGCGGUAAGGCUGCAAACUUCCUGGAAGUGUUCCGACUCCGGAAAGGGAAGCAACCCAGCGUGAGGAGAGGUGGGAUUAGCUCUUUACUGGCCGUAAAGGUGCAAGAUUCAGACUGUGUCGGAGGAAAUCUGAAACUGAUUUUCCAGAGAAAGAAGAGUUUUAUUUUAUUUUGUUUUUGUUAAGUAACCGACUCGUCCUAGAGAGAAAUGUAAAAAUCCAAACAUGGUUCUUCAUGGUGUGAGGAUGGUUAGUGUUGGUGGUGACCGGUUUAACCUGCUUCUCUAAAACUCUCUGACUGAAACCUGCAGUCGGUCCAAACCAUUUUUGACCUUUGAGGAGGAGCAUUUCCUAACCACAAGCCCAGGUCCUGGCUUUGCUAAACUAACUGGUAAACUAACCGUCAUUUCUGUCCUCUAGAAGCUUUUCAGUGGCCUGAUCAUCAAUGUGGAGCUGCUCUGGUUUCUUCCCUCCCUCUAUCUCUGGUGCUUUAAUGAUGGGAAAUGUUUCCUCUGCUGGAGGAUGAAGGAGGAUUACUAUUCCGGGACGUUCCUCUUCGUUUACUUCAUUUUCUUCUAGAAAAAAAGCAGCUGAAAGCAGAAUAUAUCUGAUUGCCAAAAUGUUGAUUGUAAGGCUUCCUGCAGCGUUGAGAUUAUCUUCUGUGUGGUUAAAUCUGGGUUAAUCUAUGGUUAAAGCCUGUAUUACUUAAACCUGGUCAUUACCAGGUCUUCGUGUUUGUAUUGUACAGAAGUUCUGGAAAAAUAAACUCGUCAGUACUGA